AAGCGCCAGGGCCAGUAAGGCAGGAGAAGGCGGGUUUUUCGCGAAGGGGACUCGCGGCCAGCGCCGGUAGCUCGUGUCAUUCCCGGUUGGGUAACGCGGCGGCGGUGGCGGCGCGGCGGCGGAGUCGGAGCGGACGGCGGCAAGGGCAGGCUCUGCCUAUGAAAUGAGACCAUGACAACUGAUGAGGCUACAAAGAAGGAAGGCGAGAUCCAAGCAGCAACUCUUGCUGAACAAGGUGAAGAUAUAACACCAAAUAAAGAUCGAGGAGUUCUGAAGAUUGUGAAGAGACCAGGAAAUAAGGAUGAAUCUCCUAUGAUUGGAGACAAAGUUUAUGUCCAUUACAAAGGAAAACUGGCCAAUGGAAAAAAGUUUGAUUCCAGCCGUGACAGGAAUGAGCCAUUUAUCUUCAGCCUGGGCAAAGGUCAGGUUAUCAAAGCAUGGGAUAUUGGGGUCGCCACCAUGAAAAGGGGAGAGAUCUGCCACUUGCUAUGUAGGCCAGAAUAUGCAUAUGGCUCUGCUGGUAGUGUCCCAAAGAUCCCCUCAAAUGCAACCCUCUUUUUUGAGAUUGAACUGCUUGAUUUCAAAGGGGAGGAUUUAUUUGAUAAUGGAGGCAUCAUUCGUAGGAUCAAGCAAAAAGGUGAAGGAUAUUCUAACCCCAAUGAAGGAGCAGCUGUUCAGAUCCAAUUGAAAGGGUUUUGUGAUGGCAGAAUGUUUGAUUGCAGAGAUGUAGCAUUCACUGUUGGAGAAGGGGAAGACCAUGACAUUCCCAUUGGAAUUGACAAAGCUCUGGAGAAGAUGCAAAGGGGAGAACACUGUAUCUUGCAUAUAGGAACACAAUAUGGGUUUGGUGAAGCUGGAAAGCCUGUAUUUGGCAUAGAACCAAAUGCUGAACUUGUGUAUGAAGUUACAUUGAAAAGCUUUGAAAAGGCCAAAGAAUCCUGGGAGAUGGACACCAAAGAGAAACUAGAACAGGCUGCCAUUGUCAAAGAAAAAGGAACUGUAUAUUUUAAGGAAGGCAAGUACUUGCAAGCAGUAAUUCAGUAUGGAAAGAUUGUAUCCUGGUUAGAAAUGGAAUAUGGCUUAUCAGAAAGGGAAUCUAAAGCUUCGGAAUCUUUAUUGUUGGCAGCCUUCCUCAACCUUGCUAUGUGCUACUUAAAGCUACGGGAAUACACUACAGCAAUUGAGUACUGCAAUAAGGCAUUAGCACUGGACCAAGCCAAUGAAAAGGGCUUGUACCGAAGAGGAGAGGCAAGACUGCUCAUGAAUGAAUUUGAGUUGGCAAAAUGUGACUUUCAGAGAGUGCUAGAAGUGAAUCCACAGAAUAAGGCAGCCAAGUCACAAAUUACCAUGUGUCAGAGGAAAACAAAGGAGCACAAUGAACGGGACCGAAAGAUAUAUGCCAACAUGUUCAAGAAAUUUGCAGAGAGAGAUGCAAAGGAGGAGGCCAGUAAAACUACAGAAGAGAAGGAGGAAAAGCCAUCUUCAGAAAUUGAGCUUAAGAAGACAGUGACCGAAGGCAGUGAAGCAGAGGGCCAUGUAUGACUGUGCAGCAGAAGGACAAUCCUGAAUUUAGCCUGCACCCAGACAGGUUUCUGAAGAACUCAGAAAUUCUACAGUGUUUAAUGUAAAGUUUGUUUCAGUAGGCAUUAUUGUGGAAGCAAAAGCCUAUCCAGAAGCUUCACAAGAAAUGAUAAAAUUACUGCCACUGCUGUGACCAUGCUCAGCAGUGCACCAUAAACCAAGGACAGCAUGGGACCACUUCAAGUGGAACAAAUGGUUCAGUAACAAAUACUCACAAUGGUUCUUGAUUAUAGAUGGCUCAGAGCUCGUUUCAGUUUGCAUCAGGCAGUGACCAGGAUAGGGCCCUACGGUGAUAAGAGUACAGGAGCUGUCAGUUGUAUAGAUUUGGCAUUGCAUUUGGUUGUGUUUGUGGUAGCACCACAUGGAUAUAUUCUGCAUGUCAGAAAGAAAGGCCCAAGUGCUACCAAUUCAAGGUACCACUCUCGUGUUAGUAGAAUCAAGUGGGAAACAGUUUUAAAAGUCAGUCUCCUGGGAUGUUAUUCUCUCUGUCUUGUAGUUCCAAUGGGUUUCUGUAGCACAAUAGUUUCUCAGGGAACUGAGUAGUCCAAAUCGUGCUAUUAUUGUUGUUCUUGUUAUUAAAUGAUUGCUUGCUGGCAAAGUCCCCAAUCUAUUGAUGACUGAGUACAGCAGAAAUGCCAGCUUCUGGGCGUGAGCAUUUCCCACCUCUCAUUCCCCACUGGGGUAUAAUAUGAUCAGCACGAAACAGCGCUGAUUAGCUGCUGCAGAAGGAGGGAAAGGAAUCUGGACUGAACGAGGCCAUUCUCCCCCCGCCCCGCCCCCCCACUUCCAGGAUCACUUGAGGGAUGCUUGAGGACAGUAGCCUUUUUCCUUUUUAAUGCAUUUUUUGUGCUGUGUGGGACAAAUGUAUGCAGUAAUCAACUUGAAUUAUGUGUUGAGACCUAUUGAAUGCAUUGCUCAAGUUUAUAACACGAUAGCAAUCAGGAUAUUUUUUUAAAAAAGAAAGAAAAACAUUUUCUUUCAAAAAAAUCUUUAUGAUAAGUUUUAUCAGUAAUAGGGUGACAUGUUUCGCAACAUUAAAAACACUUUUAGAAACUAAAUUCAUAAUUCGGUUUUAAAACGUUUUGCUCAUUCUGGGAAUCCUUCUUUAAACUCUUGUUUGGAUCCCCCUGAAGCUGUCAGCUUGUUUUUGAAUACUUUGUAAAACAAAGUGGGUCCACUCUCAAUGCUAUAAAUGGUAGGGCGGGCAGUGUUUUAGACGUGAAGGUGAAAAAGCUGAUUCAGAGUGCACAAAAGUGCAGACAACACCUAUCUGCAACUCCUUAAACCAAACCCAUCUUUUUCCAGAAUCGCACAUCAAACCCUUCAGGAGAUCCUGGGAAAAGGUGAGGCUGCUUCAGGAAAAUGGCUUUGAAUCUGAAGUGCCAAACCAGUUUGCCUUCAAAUCCAAAACACCACUCAGCUCUAAUAAAUAUUUCUUAAAUAUUUUUUUCAGGAUAAAGCAGUGAGUUUUUGCUGCAGAUGGUUCAUAUCAGUCUACAUUCUAUCUCAUUAUUCAUUAAUAGCACUGAAAUUCAUUUGAGUGUUCUUUCCUAGGGAAAUAUAAUUGUACUUAAGCCCCAUUGGCAGCAUGUUUGCCUCAUUGUUUUCAGUGGUGCUUAUGAAACUAAUUUUUUCUCUGGGUCUGGAUCAACAUGUUUACUGAUCUGUGAUGGAACAUUACAUUUCAUCAUGCAUAGAGCUGUACCUCCAUUACAGAAUGUGUAGGGCAUUUUGCUUUCCUGUAUGUCAGAUGGGCAACACUGCUAUAUUUUAAAUUCGUUUAGUAUUUUCAAUGUUAAUUUCUCUUGGAGUUUUAACACAUGCUUAACUUUUUUUUUUCCUGGAGGUUUUCUUCUCUGAUAAAAUGCAGUUUUAUGUUCUUUUCUUCUUCCUUUCUUUUCUCAUUGAAAUCAUUGUUCUCUCUUUUCUGCUAUUAUUCCACUGUUUAAUCAUAUAUAGGUAGUCCUCGACUUACAACAGUUCAGUUUACAACAGUUUACAAACUGUUUGAAGUUACAAUUGCACUGAAACAAGUGACUUAUGACCACUUUUCACACUUACGACCAUUGCAGCAUCCUCACAGUCACAUGAUCAAAAUUCAGACGCUUGGCAGCUGACUCGUAUUUAUGACGGUUGCAGUGUCCCAGGGUUAUGUGAUCACCUUUUGUGACUUCCUGACAAGCAAAGUCAAUGGGGAAGCCAGAUUUACUUAACAACCAUGUUAUUAACUUAAUGAUUACAGUGAAUUCACUUAACAAUGCCGGCAAGGAAAAUGGGGCAAAGCUCACUUAACAACAAUUAGCAACAGAAAUUUGAGCUCAGUUGUGGUCGUAACUCAAGGGCUACCUGUAUUAACAUGAACAGAGAAGAGAUAAAACUUCAUUGGCAUUAUUUUUACACUUUGUUCCUUUGUUUUAAUAACAUGGAAAUAUACCCAGUCUCUGAUUAGGAAAGCAGUAUCUAUUGGUAGUAAGUGGAUCUUCUGAUGGUGCUAUCUGAAAUCUGAAUGAUAGAUUCUUGUUGGUAGAUUCUGUUCAUUUUAAUGGAAACUAAAUUUUAUUUACCAUGGUUAAUCUAGCUUUUGAUUUGUUAUAUACCUCUCCACAUGUACCCAAAUUUCUGUACAGGAUGCUAAGAGAUGGAAGGAAUAAUAUGGUUAUCUAGAGUACACCGACCAGCAAUUUCGGAUACACAUCCCAAUGUUCAUUUUGUUACAUAGCCAAUUAUAUUAUAUUUCUAUACCAAAUUAUAGUGUUCAACAUUACUUUCAUGAGCCAUAUUGACAUAGUAGGGAGCAACUCUUUCAGAUUUAGAGUGCAAAUCAUAACUCUCAUUUUUGCUUUCUGUGUUCAUAAACUGUAUGAAUUAUUGAAAGUCUUAAUAUAAUAAGCAUCCACAAUAAACAAAAAAGAAGAUAAAAUUUGUUCUGGAUGAAAAUUAUCCAACAAUAGCAAAAGAAUGAUUUUUUUGGUGUUGCAAUAUUUCACCACUGACACAAUUUAGUACAAGCAGUAAUGUGUCCUGUUGCCUGCUAUUUGUUUUUUCAAAGAGGAACAUGAGCAAAUGGAAUGUCAGUCUUAGACUAUAGAUGGAUAUGUUAUUUUGUUUUGUUUGAACAGCAAAAUUUUGAGAAGACUCAGCUUGAUCUUCCAGAAGAUGUUGAUUUCUAGCUGUGGUUUCAGUUUCACCAUGAACACUUUAGCUACAAGAAAGAUUUUCUGUUUGAAAUAGAUAAAACGUUAAUGAGUAGAGGCAUCUCCCAGCUAGGGAGGAUUAGUAUAUGCUAUUGCCCUCCAAAUAUUAUGUGUUAUCCAAAAUGUGUUCCAAUUCUUUUAGAAAGGUUACUUUCUGUGGGCCUAAAAUCUGUGACUGAAACAAAGUCACAGUUAUUUUAGAUUUUCCACCUGUACCAAUUCCUAUAUUUUUAUUCUAUAUGUCGUAAUUUUAACAUGGAAUCCUGGGCUUCAACUAAUCUUCCCUUUCUCUCCUAUCUGUACCAUUACUCUCGUUUCUCACCAAAUUAACACAAAACUCACAAUUUUGUCGAGGGUAUCUGUUUAGUGCAAUGUGGCUUGGAAAUAUAUACCUCUAAGGUGGAUGUUCAACAUUUCCUGUUUUGCAUCCUGUAGAUUCUUAGCUUAUUUUUAGUUACAUGACUGUUGGAACAUCAAGAUAACUACCUCAGUAAUGUGGCUUUUCUUUUGUUAUUCAACUCAGCCAUUUGAUGCUUAACUACUUGCUCUAAAUUAAGUAGUUCUUUCAGAACUAUUCUAUGCUGAAGAGAAAUUCAGUUUUAUUAUUUCAUAUAUAUGGAUUAUAUUUUGUUAAGGAUAGUAUAUAGAGAGAAAAUGAAAUAAUUCAGUUCAGCCAUCAAUGAGAUUUCUAUAUGAUUUUUCUUCUGAACUAUCUUUUUUUAAAGAAAUGACCAGAUAUUUUCCUCUUGUAACUUGCUGAAUGAUUGCUACUGAUAGGAAUCAAUUAUCCUUUGCUAUCCAGAGGUUGCUAUACAUAUGUGGUUGCUAGUAAACUACUCAAAGGCUACUUUUGUUGAGGUCUCCUGUUGAAGAGAGAAAAAUAUAAUCAUUAGCAGUACAGUACACAACUUCAGGAACCGUUUUCUUAGAUAUAUCAAUUGUUUUCAAAAACAAUAAUUGUUUUGUAUAACUUUUAAAUUGCCCCUGGAUUGUACAAAUGUUUUUACUAUCUGUGGACUCUUAGAAAUGCUAAUAUAUAGUGCUCUCAUCAGGAACAGGUUUGCCAGUAUCAAUGCUCCACUAAUGGAUCUUAUAUAACAUGAAAUAGAUGAAUUGUUCACUAAUUUGUGCAAUCUUGUUAUGUUUGAUUUCCACUCACUCACAUGGGCUUUGUAAGAGUGGAAUGGCCAUAAUCUAAAUUUCAAAAUUUCAAGUUUCAAAAUUUUACGUUAUGACUAACUAUUGGCUUACACGGUUUGAUGCUCAUUUCUGAUAUACACAGAGAAUGCCAAAUACUUAAAUUCCUGUGUUUCUCUCUAAUCUUCAUUUUUCUAUUUAAUUUUGCUAAAGGAGGCAAAUUUUGACAUCUAUAUGAUACCUAACAUAUUUUCAUCUAUUUCUAUAAGGCCUUAAUUCUACAGUCAAUAAGUAAACUAAUCUGGCCCAUUAUUCCUGACUGCUUUUUUUCUUCUUCCCCUUGUGAUACCCGUAUCUAAAGGAUCAAUAAAUGGUAUUUGACCUUGGUAGCUAGCAAAACAUGCAGCUCUGUCAAUUUGCCUAUUUCUUAGAUCACAGGAAAAGACCAGGACUUGUGCCUACAGCUCUGAUGGACUCUCAGAGAUCUUCACCAAGAAUGAGAAUAUUUCACUCUUUCAAAGUGCCUCUAAAUCCUAACUUUGCAGAUUACCACCUAUCAGUCUCUCACUUUGUGCCUGUUAGCCAUGCUAAGUUCAAUGACGCACUCAAGACUAAAAUGCAGAUCUAUAUAGUACUUCACAGAAUUAUGUCCAAACCAGCCUGAUUUUGCUUUCCACAUGAAGUAUUUUCUGGGUAGCAUGGCCUAGCAAUGCCUGUUAGUGUCUUAAGAACAUAAUGCCUGAAAAAAUAGGCUAACAGUCCUUCCAAGGGAAUAUUGCUGCUGAGGGUUUUCUCUAUAAAUAUUACAGAUGUGUAGAAAUAUAAAUAUUACAGAUGCGUAGAAAUGGUCAAUUAUCCUGUGUAUUGUCUAUUGCUGUGUCUAUUUUCCUACUUUUUAAGUCCUUACCUAUCCUGAAUUACUUGUAAAGUGGAGUGCCAAGUUAAUAGUUCAAAGAGUUUUCAAAUGGGACAGAUGGAUUUGUGAAGGGUAGGUCUGUAAAUAAAACUACUGACUAAGAUGCAGCUUCUAUCUUAAUGGAGAACGUAUCUUAGGUAACAGACAGUGGGAGGGAAAUAAAGAGAAGUUGCUGUCUUAUUUUGCUUUGUGAGUCAUCUUCUGAAAGCAUUUACCUGGUCAAUGUGGCAAACAGAAUGUUGCAAUAAUGGGCUUUAGCUUUAAUUUCUCCAAGCAAUGUUUUACUUGUUUCAUUCGCCAAAGUUUAGCUUGUAUAUAAAUAUGCACUAAGCACACUAGAAUUAUGCAGGCAUUGUAUUGUGUAUCAUGUUUUUCUUGAAUCCUGGUAGAUUCUGCCCCACUAAUUGUAAAAGCUAUCUUGGAGAAGCUGUAUAUUGGAGCUCAGCAAGAUGUAAGAUUGAAGUUAGUUUAAAACACUCAAGCUUCAGAGGUUGAUAUGUGAGAAACCUCAAUUCAUUUUAAUAAUACAAAUGUAUCAGAAAAAUUAUAAAACAGUCCUUUAAAGUUUAAACUGCUAAAAUGGAACACCUCAUUUGCUAACCACACAACUGACACUUCAAUGAUAGAAAGCACAGGGAAACAAUGGAAACUGAAUCCCAGUUGAAGACACAUAAUGCAAUGCUAUUACUUUGAUUCUCUGCAAUAUAUAUAGAGUUACAAUAUUGAUGCUGCAAGGCUCGUGCACUUUUUCUUAAAGGAUUAACUAUUACGUUUGGAGUGAGCUAUACAAUAGCCUCCACAUUAAACUUUGCUGAGACAAGUAAUGAAUAUCAUUACUGCAACUUUGUCCAAGGACAGUUGUUCUGCAUCCAGCCUGAAAUUGCAAAUUGAAAAAUUGUUCAAGGGAGAAAAAACUGCUUUUGUGGCUAUAUCAAUGCUCUGUAUUGCUUGCUUCUUUUGAGAAGUCAGGUUGUUUAUAUUUGUGUUAUUACUCAUUUACCUUACUUUACAUUUGCCACUGUAAGAAGAAAACCAGUUUGAUAUAAUGGUUAAGGCAUCAAUUUAGGAUCAGAGACUAUGAGUUGUAGGCUCUGCCUUAAGCACAAAAUUAGCUGGACCAAUCAUACCCUCUCAGCCCUAGGUAGUAGGCAAUGGUAAAUUACUUCUGAAAUCUUGUCAAGGAAAUCAUAGGCAAUCACAAGGAGUCAAGACUAACUCAAAGGUACAAUAAGUAAAACAUCUGCUAAGACUGCCUAGUGAACCUGUGGAUGUCACCAUAUUCCUCAUCCAUCUUCUUCUCACUGAGAGUGAGGUUUUCAACUCCUGUGAAUGCAGAUGUGGCCUUUCACACAUUAUCUUGAUGUAGGCUACAUAAUUAACUUUGUCUCCAGAACAAAAAUGAAAGCAAAGGCCACUUAAGGGAGAGAAGACUGAAAGCUCUGCUUGCCCAGCAUGUGAAACUAAACUCUGUUUAACAAAAUAUGCUAGCUUAUACAAAAAUUGAUCAAGCUACAGGAUGUAUUACUGCCUUGCAUAUAAUCACAGCAUCAUGUCAUCAUAUUAAAGUGUGUGUGUAUUGGCUUAAUUUGUUAUGUUAACACAACCAUUAUUGUUUGUUACUCAUGGCUUAUGGAUUAGCACGUGCAAAAAAUAACCGGUGUUUCGAUUACCACUUAGAGAAAAAAGCUGAAUAUGCUGUUGACUUCAGAGCAGAGACUCUGCACCUCCUUGCUUCAGAGGGAAUUGGCUUGUCUCUGGUGAGGCAAUGAGUUCUACCCAAUAUUUUCUUGAAAACCUUGAAGAGCUCUUGAAGCAACAGAGGUGGGAAAUAAUAUUAUUCUGAAGUGCCCUCAAGCCAUGAUGUGAAUGCGACAAAAACAGACACCACUACCAUAAAGUUGGUAAUUUGCUAUUUGGGUGUGUGUCUCCCGCUCAGUUUUCCCUAUAAAGGCAGAGGCUUACAGUCUAUUUAGUUCUCACCUAGUUGGCCUUAACGUAUUGCUACUCAAGGGGACAUCUGACUCUUCUCUUUUCCAUGCUGCUGGAGGCAAUAGAAGCCUAUAAUGAUAAAUUAUAUCAUUGCUGUCAUAUAGGUAGUUGGGGAAAAAAGAUACAGCCACAGUACAGCCUUAAAUCAGUGGAAGAUUUUUUUCCCCCUUUUGUAGAUUCCUUUUAGAAUAAGGAGCCCAUGUCUAUUUUUUCUUGCAAGGAAAUCUUUCACAAAGCUUUUCUGCAAACUUUGCUAUUUCUUCUGUCAAAUGGCACCUUCAUGGCUGCCAUACAUGUGCAUGAAUGCACAUACAUUGCCCCAUUGCAUGUACAUUUGCCACAUUAAAGCAAAUGGACAGUUCACCCCAAGUAUGAAAGGAAAGGCAAGGGUGAUGGUUGAACCAGUGCUUGACCUAAAGCUUGCAAAGUUGGACUUAGAUUACUGGUGAAGCAUUUGUUAUGCCGGCUCUUUAUCAUAAACUAACUGAAAAAUGAAAGUUAACGCUGUAAAGAAAACCACUAUCUUAAAAAAGGAAGUUAUCCCAUUUCAUAUUGAAAUCCACCCAAAAUCAUUGUGAUAGAUGCAUAUUGUCAAUUAGCUACCUUAUUUUUUCUCCAGCAAGAGAGUCUAAAGGAAUGUUUCCAAUAGAAUUUUAACUUGCAGAGUAGCAUCAUCCUAUAAGAUAUAUUGGAAUAUAGCACAAUAAAUUAAUAUAUCCCUAGUGGAAUAUGGCUGUGCUGAGUAGAAAAUAACAAACCUGAAUUCUUUUUAAAAAUGGUGUUUCUUUAAAAAAAAAUCCCAUAACUGAAUAGGAAGCUGGGUUCUGAGGUGCUUAAAUUAGCAUAUUGCUUAUAUAUUCCACACAGAUGGGCUGUUCCAAACAUGAUCUAUAAAUUUGUGUAACUUUGGAAGGUAAAACUUUCCCAAAACACCUGUUACAGUGACUUAAAGCACUUAAGUGUUGGGGAAAUUAUUUUAACCCCUAUUUGUACGAAAUAAUGAAACAAAAAUAAAAUCUGACCUUUUUUCUCAGCA